ACAAGUGUUGGUGUUGAGUGUUUGCACUUAAGAAAUCACAAAAAAGGAUUACAUUACAAACCAUCAGUCAUACAGUCUUUAGAGUACAGAGAAAGGCUAACUCCUAGUCUGUUUAUAUCUAUAUAAAAAAAAACAAUGAGCAAAAGCUACUGAAUUUUAUUUAGGAUAUUUACAAUAAUUUACAAUACCAUUGACUGGUUUUUCUAAUUUAAAUUCGGAUUUCCUCUUCCUGUUCCGUGAACAUUGACCGGUCUGUCUACAAUUUAGAAUCACAUUUGUGUAAAAGGUUAAAUUAAAUAUUCACUAUGGUGAAUGAGUCGUUGAAUUUGUCGGAUUUUCAUGACAGAAAUUCACAGGAAGGGGAUGUUUUACUCGAAGAAGCCAACUGGGCGGAAGUGAUCAGACUGGUUCCAUUGUUGAUAUACAUGCUGUUGAUAUCGAUUCUCGGAAUUCCAGGAAAUGGACUGGUUUGUUACAUAUAUCGCUCAAAAUACGACAUGUCCAGCUCGAGAUGGUUUAUAUUUUUCUUGGCGUCUGUGGACCUUUUACUUUGUAUCGUUAUAGUGCCUAGUGAAAUUGUGACAACUUUUCAACAGUAUAACUUUACAAACAAAAACUGGUGCAAGUUUUCGGUGUUUUUUAACCUUUGGGCCCUUCUGUCCUUAGGAUUUACUUUAGUUAUUGUUUCCGUUGACCGCUACCGUAAAGUUUGCAAACCGUUGGGUUGGCAAAUUCAUUUCAACAAAGCCAGACUGCUGUGUAUUAUAGCCGUUAUUGCGGCGUUCUUUAUUUCUCUCCCGGUGUUCUCAGUGUAUGACAUUUAUGAGUUUGAACUAACAAGUCUAAAAGUGAACGUCAGCGAAUGCUCCUUCCGCAAAAGUUUAGGAGAAUCUAAUUUAGCGUUUAUCUAUGUUGCAUUUGGAAUGGUUAUGUUCACGUGCGCCCUGCUUACAAUCUGUAUUUUGUACUGUUUCAUUGGCGGAGAAAUAAAGCAACAUACUGAGAAGGAAAGAAUCAAGCGCCACGUGAGCCUAACUGCAUCAAUGGCUAGAAAAACCGACCACAUACGUCCGAUUACGUCGACGUCAAUAUUCACGACGAAAAGCGUUCGGUUUGGCGAAAACGCGCUUAAAAAGAAAUCAGUGAAAUUCGGCGAGCAGCAAAGAAUCGUUCUGCCGAAGAAUCCGACACAGGAACAAAGCCAAGAUAUUCCGACUGAUACCGAGGAACAGUCAAUGACAAGUUUGUCUGAAGACGACACGCGGGAUACUGAAAUUCUUAAAAAGCCUAUGACAAGGGCUCAAAAGACAAAAUCGAAGAAAAUCAGAAGAGCGCGUGCGCGUAAAGCCACGUAUAGUAUGUUUCUUAUUUCGCUUGCGUUUGUGUUGAGUUAUCUCCCAUUUCUGUCCUUGCUUCUGGCCAGAAGUUUGAUGAUGGACUUUGACGAGUCCAUGUCUGACGGUUGGAGAGCCGUGUGUAAGUUUUUCCUGAGGUCAUAUUUACUGAACUGUGCAAUAAAUCCGUUCAUUUACGGGAUAUCAGAUUCAAAAUUUAGACAAAGCUGCAAAGAUGUUCUUUACGAUGUACGUGAACGAUUUUGGAACUGUUUCGUCUGUUGUAGAGUAUAUUAAAAGUUUUGAAGGAUACAUAAGUGCAGAGAGUUUCUU